ACACUUUAACAUAACAGCUGAUCCAUCAAGUACCGAAAGUGUAUUCUGCUUCGUGUGUGUAUAAUUUGUGAUACUAAUUUAUGUUAACUGACGCAAAAGAGGAAUUUAUCACGAAAUAUUAAAUAUUCUUCGAAUGUUUAAACAUGCCAUGCUGGUACUAUGAAAAGAAAGAACUACGAAACACACCAUCCAUUCAGGAUGGUAUCGAUUACGAGACCGAAUGUAGAUAUAGGAAGGAAGGCGCACGUUUUAUCAUCGAUACUGGUACAAAAAUGGAUUUAGGUUAUAAUACGAUGGCAACGGGUGUAGUUUACUUUCAUCGAUUUUACAUGUUUCAUUCGUUUAAGAAUUUCCCGCGAUAUGUAACAGCUUGUUGCUGUUUACUCUUGGCUGGAAAAGUCGAAGAAACUCCAAAGAAGUGUAAAGAUAUUAUACGGACUGCUAAGACUUUGGUGUCUGAACAGAAAUUCAUGACAUUUGGAGAAGAUCCUAAAGAAGAAGUCUUAACAUUGGAAAAGAUCUUAUUGCAAACUAUUAAAUUUGAUCUACAAGUGGAACAUCCAUAUAGCUAUUUACUGAAAUAUGCAAAGUGUCUUAAAGGUGAUAAAAACAAAUUACAAAAGAUGGUACAGAUGGCUUGGACAUUUGUUAAUGAUAGCUUAUGUACCACUCUCUCAUUGCAAUGGGAACCAGAAAUCAUAGCUGUUGCUCUGAUGUACUUAGCUGGAAAAUUAAGCAAGUUUGAAGUGGUAGACUGGGUUGGAAGACAACCAAAACAUUUACGUUGGUGGGAUAUGUUUGUUGAAGAUGUGACUAUGGACCUUUUAGAAGACAUUUGUCAUCAAGUAUUGGAUCUAUAUUCACAAGCAAAUAAUACAAAACCACCUGAUUCACCACCUAUGAUACCAUCCAGUGAAAUAUGUAGAGAACGACCUGUUGUUGCUGCUAACGUAGAAUCGGCAUCUAAUACGCCAAAUGUGACUCCUGGAAAAUCUUCCAAGAUUGAAACACCAGUGGUUUCUGCAAAUGGCUGUCCACCUGCAGAUGUCACAGAUACUAUAAAACCAAUAGAUGUCCCAGCGACGCACUUUCCAACCUAUCCGGCAAAUUUUCCAGCAUCUAACAAUUCAAAUUAUCCACCAGCGUUCCCGCCUACGAACGUUUCGGUCCCACCUCCUCCUGUCAAUACAAUGAAUCAUAUCGUGCCAACGAUGCAUCAUAUUGGAUCUUCCACUACUAUUCGUCCUGCACCACCGUCAGUACCGACCACGAACCAGCCGCCAUUUCAACCGUAUUCUUAUCCAACAAAUGCAACCUAUUUUUCAGCAAAUAAUCCAAUCCCACCACCUGCUGCGCCACCACGCAAUUAUUACCCAUCACAACCAUAACGGAAGGCAAUAUAUUGUGCUGCAAUUUUCCAGCCAGUUCAUAUUCGUCUUCGUCAUCCCAAAACGCUCGCGAUGAUGGAAACACAACUUCUCCGAAGUGA